AUGUCUGCCUCCUUUCUUGGCGCCCGUGCGUUCAACCAUGAACAGCACUCAGAUGCGGAGACGGAGUAUGAUCGACUACGAGGAUUAGCCCGGCAUGAAGCUGGGCUGCGUGGCUCAUGCUUCGACAGAUCCCGUCAAGCCUACGAGAACGGCGAUGGCCAGCGGGCCAAGGAACUGUCCGAGGAAGGCAAAGAACAUGGCCGGAAGAUGGACCAAUUCAACAAGCAGGCCUCGGAGUUUAUAUUCAGAGAGAACAACGCCGAGGGCCGUGUUGCUGCGGAUACCAUCGAUUUACACGGCCAAUUCGUCGAGGAGGCCGAAGAUAUCUUGGAAGAACGCAUCAAGUAUGCGAGACAACAUGGACAGGAUCACCUUCAUGUGAUCGUCGGAAAAGGAAACCAUUCGGUCAACCACGUCCAGAAAAUAAAACCCCGUGUCGAACAAGUCUGUCGUGACCUUGGCCUUCAAUAUACCACCGAGGAUAAUGCUGGAAGGAUAUAUGUCAAUCUCACCGGGGGCCCUGCCAACAUGCCGCCCCAUCAGGAACACCCUCCUCAGGGCCAUGGCCAACCACACCACAACCAGCCCCAUCAUGGCCAGCCACAGCAUGGUCAACCGCACCAUCAACAAGGACACCAACAAGGCCACCAACAGGAGUCUCCUGCUGAGAAGAUCGCUCAGAAGCUCUUACCCAUCGUUUUCAAGAAACUGGAGAAAGCUUGCUGUAUCGUCAUGUAA